AUGACUAAGCUGUACAUUUGUCCUGACACUGGUUCAGACGAAAAUGACGGUACCGAGGAACGACCUCUGAGCACGCUUUUCCAGGCCAUGAUGUUAUCGAAGAACUCUGGCGAAUUCCUGGCCCGAACCGUGAAGGAGGACGGCUCGAAAACGUGGGAACCAGCUGCCAAGGCUGCCAUCAAGAAGAACUUGAAAAAAUACGAAGCUGAAAUGAAGAAAGCGGAAAAAGCUGCAGGACG